GUGUUUUAUCAUGAGAGUUUACUGAUCGUCUUCUUCAUCAUGACCAUCAUCAUCAUCUCUCUGCUCCUGCUGGCCUCUCUGCUGCCACACCUGACCUUCACUGCUCGUGUGAAUGUGGGUAUAGUGAACGGCACAGAAGCCAGACCCCACUCCAGACCUUACAUGGUUUCUCUUCAGAAGAACAGGGAACAUAUCUGUGGUGGAUUCCUCAUUUCUAAUCAGUUUGUCUUGACUGCUGCACAUUGCCAAAUUAAAAAUGAAAAACUGACAGCUGUGGUUGGUGCACAUAACCUAAAAAAUGAGAAUGAGGGUUCAGUCCGCAUCGGAGUAAAGUCCUACAUCAAGCAUCCGGACAUUGAGAAGAAUGACAUUAUGCUUUUGCAGCUAGAGAAAAAAAUCACACCAAGCAAACAUGUAUAUUGGAUAUCAUUACUAAAGAAAAAAAACGUCAACAAAAAAGAUCCUAAUUGUAGUGUUGCGGGCUGGGGACGUCUGGGCAUGAACAGUCCAGGGAGUGAUCGUCUAAUGGAGGCCUAUGUGAAGAUAAUGGAUUACGCAACAUGUAAAAAAAAAUGGAAAAGACAACAGAAAAAAUUAGGCUCAAAGAUGAUGUGUGCAUAUGGCGACUGUGGAUCCUGCGAAGGGGAUUCAGGAGGUCCUUUGGUUUGUGGAGACACUGCAGUUGGUGUCACAUCCUUCGGUGAUCCUGAACACUGUAAUUCACCCAAUAAACCCAAUGUGUAUACUAAGAUUUCACCAUAUCUUAAAUGGAUACAUAAAAACAUGAGAAAUGUAAAGUUACUUUAUUGAAAUUAAAAAAGGAAAAGUUUUUCCUGAAUUCUU